AAGAGAUUAAAGUGAAUAAUACUCCUUUAUCCAACCUGAAACCUCACAAGCCACCCAGAGGGAACAUGCAAACGCUGCACAGAAAGAUUCUCCAUGCGGUUAAACAUUUUGGCUUUUUCUUCAGUUUACAUCUAUAUAACAAACGGAAUGAAAAAAGGGCCUAUAAAAGCAUAUUCACACUGGAUUAAAGACGUUCAACAGCUCACUCACUAUUAUUGAAGAUGGGAGCUUUCUGGUUCAGGGGCUGCAACAUUUUCUGUCAAGAGAGGAAAAAAACAGAAAACAGUGAGUGUCUCUAUGAUGGUAAUUCCUCUGUGGGACUCUGAGCUCCGGCUCUGUUACAUGAUCCUGUGUCUUGAUAAGUUCUUCAACUAUUAAAUGCAUCAAACCUCCAAGCUGCGUCCAAGAAAACAAUCUGUUCUCCAAAGAGUUCACAUCGGGACGUUUCACAAAUGUGUGGAAAACACAUGAACAUUAAAGUCAAAGCAGUAGAGGGAGGGCGGGUGGGGGGGUUAUCUGAUCUGAGUCCCUCAACAAUUCCCCUCCAGCCUGAGCCACUUUCUUCUCAGAUUCCCUGCGUUUCUGGUCCAACACGCCCAUAUGAGGGCCUGGCUUCCAGAGACAUUCCUCUGAGCUCCUGGCUCUUAAAAGGCCGCUUGCUGAAGCUGUUUGACUCUGAGUGCAGACAGCAGCAGGAUCCGGACGCAGCUCAUUCAGCAGGAUGAAGAAGAAGCUGAUCAUCGACGUGGACACGGGCGUGGACGAUGCUCAGGCCAUCAUGGUGGCGCUGGCGGACCCCGGCGUGGAGGUCCUGGGGAUCACCUGCUGCUUCGGCAACACCCCCAUUGAGAACGUCCUGAGAAACACCCUGCGCGUCCUCCAAGUGUGCAACAGGCUGGAUGUGAAUCCCGGUUACCGGGGCUGCUCCGAACCCCUGCUGGCCAGGAAACGCCACGCGUCAGAUUAUCACGGGAAGGACGGGAUGGGGGACGUCCCGGACCCGGACGCUCCCGGCCUGGAGCUGCUGCAGAAGAAGCGGGGCGUGCCCGCGAUGGUCAAGCUGGUCAACCAGAACCCCGGAGAGGUCAGCCUGGUGGCCACCGCCCCCCUCACCAACCUGGCUGUGGCGAUCCAGCUGGACCCCAACCUCCCCAAGAAGCUGAAGGCCCUCUACAUCAUGGGCGGAAACACCGACUCCAGGGGCAACACCACAGUGUGUGGGGAGUUUAACUUCGUGGCUGACCCCGAGGCCGCCUUCGUCGUGCUGGACCGCUACACCUGCCCCACCUACAUCGCUCCCUGGGAGUUCAGCUGCAGGAACAGCCUGCCCUGGUCUUUCUGUGAGAAGUGGCUUUCCCAAAACUCAAACAAGGCCUCGUUCAUGAAGGACAUCACGAGCCUCUCCAUGAAGAAAGCUCAGUCGGCCGAAUACCAGAAGGAGAUCACUGAAGGCAGAGGGUUCAAUUCCUGCGACACCUACGCCAUGGCGGCAGCCAUCGACGACUCCUUCAUCACAGAAAGUGAAGAGGUGGCGGUGACGGUGGAGCUGGAGGGGAGGUUCACCCGGGGCAUGAUGGUCCUGGACUACAUGGAGCUGCUGGGGAAGAAGCACAAAGCCAUCGUCAUGAAGACGGUGGACUUGGAGAGGCUGAAGAUGAUGUUCAUGAAUUCACUCAAGUGAAGCGGGAAAACCUGAUAUGUCCCUAAAUAAAUGACAACUCAAAGUUCUGCUGCGGUCUUUGUUUGCAGCAGAGUUUAACUCUUUUUCACCGAGAAGAUGCAGAGUCACGGAUAAUCACGACUUCUGCAGUAAAACUUACCUCAACGUGCAAGAAAACGUAUCUGCAGGGUGACAUGAAGCAAAA